CCGUUUCAGUAAUGUGUGUUGGAAUUGUACUGAGUCAGCUUUUCUUUGCACAACACAAACAUAAACACAAACCCCAUCUCCGAGUUUCAUGUAUCUGUCUCUCUCCGACCAUACCUUUCUCUGUUAAGCUAACUUGUUCUCUUCUUUUCUACCAAAACUGUUCCCAUUACUCUCUUCAAUCUAGGUUUCAAAAGGGUUUCAUUUUUUGUUUUUAUUACAUUUUAGGGCUUUUGAUCUGCUUCAUUUGAUCUACCUUCCCUGUUUUGCCAUUUUUAAUUUCUGGGUUUUGUUGGAUUUUGUGUUUUAUCCGUUAUUGAGUGAUAAAGUUUUGAUUUUUAGGUUUUAUUUGGAAAUUAAUCAUCUGGGUCAGUGUGUUUUGUGGUGGUUAGGCAUUGUAGGGUUUGAGGGUGUUUUGGUUUUGAUGAUUGUUUAGGGUUUUGAUGAAAAUGGGAUUAGGUGGUGAUAAUGGUAAGGUGAUUGAGUCUUUGGAUGUGUGUAAAUCAAAAGGGUGGAAGAAGAAGAAGAAACAAGAUGGGGUUAUGGAAGAUGAAGAAACUGAAACUGGGUGUUGGCUUAGUUUUAGGUUUAUUGGAAGCUGCAUUUCUUCAAGAUCCAAGGUUGAUAGCUCUGUUAGUGGCACCAGUACUAAUUAUGCUGAAAGCAAAUCCACCAUUGAUACAAGUAGAGACCAACCAUCGGUUCCAGUUGUCUCUUCAACAACCACUACCACUAGUAAUGCUGAAAGCAACUCAUCUACUUCAAAAGUUGAAGACGAAAUUAAAGUUGCUUCCAGGCUGCGGAAAUUCUCUUUCAAUGAUCUUAAGUUGGCAACAAGAAAUUUUCGGCCCGAGAGUCUUCUCGGUGAAGGUGGAUUUGGUUGUGUGUUCAAAGGAUGGAUUGAAGAAAAUGGAACUGCACCAGUGAAACCUGGCACAGGACUUACUGUUGCAGUCAAAACCCUUAACCAUGAUGGCCUCCAGGGUCAUAAAGAAUGGCUGGCUGAAGUUAAUUAUCUUGGUGAUUUAGUUCAUCAAAACCUUGUCAAACUUAUAGGCUACUGUAUCGAAGAUGAUCAAAGGUUGCUAGUAUAUGAAUUUAUGCCUCGGGGAAGCUUGGAAAACCACUUGUUUAGGAGAUCCUUGCCUCUUCCAUGGUCCAUUAGGAUGAAAAUUGCGCUCGGAGCUGCAAAGGGACUUGCUUUUCUUCACGAGGAAGCCGAACGACCUGUAAUAUAUAGGGAUUUCAAAACUUCCAAUAUAUUAUUAGAUGCAGAGUACAAUGCCAAGCUCUCAGACUUUGGACUUGCAAAGGAUGGUCCAGAGGGUGAUAAAACCCAUGUGUCUACUCGAGUUAUGGGAACUUAUGGUUAUGCAGCUCCAGAAUAUGUCAUGACAGGGCAUCUUACAUCAAGAAGUGAUGUGUAUAGUUUCGGAGUGGUACUACUUGAGAUGAUAACCGGGCGAAGAUCCAUGGACAAAAACCGACCGAAUGGCGAACAUAACCUCGUGGAAUGGGCUAGACCGCAUCUAGGAGAGAGAAGAAGGUUCUACAGGUUAAUAGACCCUCGGCUGGAAGGCCACUUCUCGAUAAAAGGAGCUCAAAAAGCCGCCCAUCUGGCUGCCCACUGCCUUAGCCGAGAUCCAAAAGCUAGACCACUAAUGAGUGAAGUUGUAGAAGCUUUGAAGCCUCUCCCAAACCUUAAGGACAUGGCUAGUUCAUCAUACUAUUUCCAGACAAUGCAAGCUGACCGUUUUAGUGCAAGUCCAAAUACUCGAAACGGUAGAACACAAGGGGCAUUCACGCGCAAUGGACAACAACAAAGAAGUCUUUCCAUAUCACAUGGUACUCAUGCUUCUCCGUUUCAUCAUCAGUAUCCUCAAAAUUCACCAAAACCAACAGGAAAGGCACAGAGUUGAUGAACUUCUCACACCUUGCUUUUUCAUCGUUUCUUAUUUUCUAAGUAUAGAUGCAACGACUUCUUGUGAAGCCAUUUGUUCAUGGGCAACUUGAGGGUAAAAGAAGCAUGCUGCUAGCUUUAUGUUCUAUUAUGUUAAUUGGUGUCGACCCCUUUGAAUGUAAUGGCCAGCGUAGCUUAUUAAGCUAACUAUGUGCAUGUUUGGAAUUACGACGAGUUUGACAAGAUUAUAACCGCACCGUGAUUUUGUUGAAGCUCGACAUUGCAGCUUCAUCUAAAAUCACGGUGACACACUAUGAUUCUGGCAAACUCACCGUCAAUUCAAAUAUGUAUUAUGAUGUCUUUUGGAAAUUGUCAACCAAUAUGUUUCUUUCAGGUUAUUUAGAAAAUAUUGAAGAUUGUUAACUCCUCAAGUUUUAUUUUAUUUUAUUUCAAUUGGCCCUUGAAAUAUUAUAUGUCAUGUUGA